AAUGAAACACAUAACCUCAAACUUUCAAAUUCAAAUUUAAAAGUGGUGAUCUUUAAAUGUUUUUGUUUUCAAUUGCUUAACAGUUGUCUUAUCGUAGUAAAUUUGUUAACAAGGACCUAUUUGAACUCAAUAUUCCGAAUGGACAAAGAAGAUGAACACUAAAGAAAUUGAAAGUCUUUGCAAAGAUGUAUGUGAUAAUCUCCAAGAUGGCUUGAAUGCAGAAGAAAGCAAGUCUUUGAGGCAACUUCGCAUCAUGUGUGGUCUUAGAGAAUGUGGCUGCUCAUUGUUUACCCCAUCACAAAAUCUCAGGCGUAUUCUCAAGGUAAUUAGUAGUGAGUCAGCGCUCAGUCUCUCUGUCGGCCUUGCAAUCAUCAGCAACUGUGAUAUUUUAGAACAAGAAAAACAUUGUAACGAAGUAUUGGAAAGGAUAGCAAAACUUGCAAUAAGUAUGGAACCCUCAGAAGAGAGAAAUCACUUUCUUGCCCAAUUGUGGAAUUAUUCAGGAUUGAAGCACUUCACAAUUUCCACAAUUGAAGAUGUUAUUUCUCAUCACUGUUACUUCUUGGAAAAAGACGUUCUUGAAGUGUUUACGCAAUCAGUUCAACUCAACAGUCACCGUCCAUUAAGGGACUUAAGAUAUGAAAGAAUUUUGCAGUGGAGCUGUAAUUCAUCAAGGAUAUUUUGUGCAGUUACAAGUAUUUUUAAUGAGGUUUUACAGGAAAGUGUAAAAUUGUAUGGACAAUACAAAGCUGCUAUCAGUGUCAUAAGUCAGUUUAUUGAUGACGUUAGGUUAACAUGCAUAGGGAAUAAAAAAGAUUUUGUACUCUUGUACCCCAUUGAGUAUCAAUCUUUGGUUGCUGUUUUAGACAUUACUCCCGAUUGUUAUCCUGAUUGUUGCUCAGUAAAAUCUUCAGUUACCAUUGCAACUGUUGUUGAAAUCAUUGAACGAAAUAUUAGCAAAAAGCCUGUUCAAACUUUGUGCAUUUUGACCCAUUUUCCUGCUUGGCUGCCUUAUGUCAAAAGCUAAUAUUUAUUGAAUCUAGACAAAAUUUGUUAUUGUUUUUUGUUACAGAUCAU